CCGCUGGCUGGACCAGGGCCCGGUCAUGCGCGCGAAAACACACGCGCGUUGCUUCGUUCGUUCGUUGGCGGGCUCGCAAAUUAGGCAAACACACCAAGUGCGUGUGUAUGUGUGCGAUUUUUUAUACGUGCCCGCGGAUAAAGAAAUAGUAAGGAAUAGUAGUCGGAGUAGUACUCGCGGCAGGCGUCGCGAGAGCGAGCGGGCAUCACACAAAUCAGCCAUUUGGCCGCGCGCCACCGUAGCCUACGCCGCUAUUUUUAGGCCCUUUACAAAUAAAGCGGCCGAGAUGUUAGUCUCUCUCAGUUUGAGUGAAGCGUUGGGCCCGACACAAAGCGCCAUUAAAAAGUACGAGCCGAGCAGGAAAAAUGCGUCGCCGUCCGACGUCUCCAGCAGCUGUUUGGCUGCUGAGGUGCGCCGCAGAAAUCGGCUAGCUGCGAACGGGGAUGCCACCGCGACCCUAGUGCUUGCGUGUGUUUGUGUAAACUUGCUGACUUGACUGCUAACUCUGCGCCCCCAACUUUGAUGUUUGGCUCCAAAUUUCAUUACGAGGCGGCUUUCGCCUUCUUUGUGUGAUAAGACUUCUUCUUCUACUUCUUCUUGGCUGGAACAGAAAGUUUUUCUUCACAUACAGCCGCGUGCAUUUCUUUCCGAUAUUUUCGGAGCCCCCACAAUCCGUCCGUUUGUUAUCCCGUACCAGUCAGUCAGUCUGGCGGCCGACAAGCCCGAAAUAGUGCCGACACCAUUUCGAUUUCACCGCUGGACUUGGUCGUACUCCAGCUGUUUACUUGUACUCCGCAAUCCAAGGUCAAGUGCAAUGACGCUCUUGCUCGUGCUGCUCGCGCUUUCGGCUGCGGCCGUGUGUCCCUCGGAGGCGGCCAGCGAGCCGCAGCCGCCGCCCCCGAUCCCGGUAACGCGCGAGGUGGUGAUCAAGCAGGGCAAGUUGCGUGGCAUCUUGCUCAGGGCAAACAAUCCAAGCCGCGGCAACGUGGACAUCUACCUGGGCAUCCCGUACGCGGCGCCGCCCGUCGGCACGCAGCGCUUCAUGCCGCCCGGCUCGCCGCCCCCGUGGCCCGGGGUCAGGCAGGCGGACAGCUUCGGCCCAGUGUGUCCGCAAAAUCCGCCCGACAUCUCGAACGAGAAGGAGGCCCUCAAGGCCAUGUCAGCCGGAAGGUACCACUACCUCAAGAGGCUGCUGCCCUACCUCAGGAACCAGAGCGAAGACUGCUUGUACCUGAACAUCUACGCCCCAAGCUCCAGUCAGGCGAAUGCUGCUCGGAACUUGCCAAAGUACCCGGUGAUCGUUUUUAUCCACGGCGAGUCCCUCGAGUGGAACGGAGGCAAUCCGUACGACGGCUCCGCCUUGGCCAGUUACGGCAGCGUCGUCGUCGUCACUAUCAAUUUCAGGCUCGGCAUACUAGGGUUCUUGAAGCCCGGCGUGACGGGCAACACGGUGAGCAACUUCGGCCUGCUCGACCAAGUGGCCUCGCUGCAGUGGGUCAAGGAGAAUAUCGCAGCAUUCAACGGAGACCCCAACAGCGUCACCCUCAUGGGACACGGCACCGGGGCGGCGUGUGCAAAUUUGCUACUAGUCUCGCCUGUGUCGCAGGCCGACGGAGGUUUGUUCCACCGCGCCAUCCUAAUGAGCGGGUCGGCCAUGGCUGACUGGGCCAUCACCAAGAACCCGCUCAAGUUCACGAUCCAAGUGGCCCAGGCCGUCAACUGCCCGCUGAUCGAAAAGGGCGACGAGCUCGCCUUUUGUCUGCGCCGCAAGCGUCUCUCCGAGCUGAUGUCCAUUCCAAUUCAAGCACCGCCGUUCGUGACACCCUUCGGGCCCGUCGUCGACGGCUCCGUCGUGCCCAACGAGCCCCACCUGCUCAUGGGCGUUUACCGGGAGCUAUUCAGCAGGUACGACCUUCUUUACGGCGUGACCGAGAUUGAGAGCUACCACUUGUUGGACGCCGUGUCCCUGGCGUACGGUAUGCUGGAGCAGGAGCGCGACCAGAUGCUGCACAACUACAUCUCGGCGCGUUACGAGCUGCGGCCAGACUCGGUUUUCGCCCGGGUGCUGCAAAGGUACAACCCAGCCUGGCAGAUGAGCGGCCAUGAGCAGAUCGUGUCAGCUGAGCAGACCAGGGACCAACUGCUGAGCAUCCUCAGCGAUGCCAGGGCCACCGCUCCGGUCAUCCAGAUGGGCAAAUAUCACUCGGCCGUCAACCCCAAGUCGUACCUCUACGUCUUCACGCACAGAUCAAAAUAUGGCGACUACCCUUCGAUUCCAGAGAGCAUUCACGGCGAGGAGCUGCCGUACGUGUUCGGUGUGCCCCUGGACGGGGGCAAAUUCCACUUCCACCAUAAGUUCACGCAGCCGGAGGCGGCGCUGUCGCAAACCAUGAUGGAUCUGUGGACAAACUUUGCCAAAACCGGCAACCCCAACGCGCCUCGCAAGGCGAGCUUUCCGGCGCCGAGCGGGCGCGAAUGGCGGCAAAAGGACCUCGACUGGCCCGAAUAUGACACCUCCAACCAGACCUAUCUCAGGAUAGGCAUUCCACCAGACACGCGGCGUCAGUACAAAAGCAACGCGAUGGAGUUCUGGAACCACGACCUACCCAAGAUGCUGGAGGAGGACGCGAGUGGCCGGGACACAGUGCACCUGCUGCGUCCGUCGCCACCGCCAAUCCCGCCAGCGAUGGCCGAGCCCGACUGGAAUCAGGACAUUUUCUACCCUGAUGGCCCCAUGCCACCCUUUCUCUUCACCGAGACGCCUACGGACGCUCAGGGACACGCGGACCACCCCAAUGACCGGGGUGACGCGGAGCACAAGCCCUCGAACGAGGUGCCCGACGGCGGCGUUUUACUUGGCGGCGCCUCCUCGCUGCUGCGCCUGACCGUGGUGCUCGGGGUGCUUUUUCUCUUCAUCAACCUCGUGGCGUUCUCCGCCAUCUAUUAUCAGCGAAAGAAGCUACGCGUCCAGGAGCAACGAGUGCUGUCCACCAUGGGCCUGAAGGCGGCCUCCUCGGAUGGCCACAACGAACACGACAACGGCAUCCGCAAGCCCUGGGUCUUGUCGCAAAACGACAACGUCGACCCUAACGCUCGAGUGCGCGAGUGGAUCGACCACGAAGUGUCUCCAGACAAUUACAGUGUCAGUGUCCAAGACAGCCCGCCCAAACCGGGACUUUAUCCAGCUAAGAGCUCUGCAUCUAUUGUGCUCACCUCUUCACCAAGAAGCUCACUAAUUGAGCCGCUGGCCAAGCCGGUGACCUUGAAGGACAUCAACGUGACCUCGCUGGACGAGCGGACGGUUGGCAACCUGAUGGCGGUGGACGCGCUGGACACGAUGCGGCGAAAGAAGUACCCGCGCGUGCUGCCGGCCGAGCCCAUUCCGGAGAGCAUCAUGAAGCGGCGCUCGCUGCCCAUCGAGGGCCACCUCCAGCCGCCGGUGCAGUUCCAGGAUGCCCAGCAGCGGGUGCGUCCGGCCCCUCCGCCCCGCAUAACGGCCCAGCUGUCCCGCACGCCCAGCAUUGACAGCAAAAGCGCCGCCUCCGCCGCGCUGGAGAGCAAGGGUCCGUCCCCGGUCGUGUUGGACAGCAAAGGGCCCUCCACGAAUUCGGAUAGCAAUUGCGCCGCCACUACAAGUGGCAAUGUGGUAACCCAGCCGCGGGUGGUGGUCAAGCCGAGCGUGCUGCCGAGAAAACCAUCGGAUAGAACACCUAGGGUGUCUGUGUCUUUGCAGGACGAUAAAUCGCAGUCUCCGGAGAGCAGUGACGCCUCCACCGGAACCGUCAAACAUGUCACGUUUGAUCCAAAAGUUUUGACUAGCUCGCUUUGACCUGAAACAUUUUGUUUGGUCACAAGGCUCAACCGGGUUGUCCUGCUCAAUAGCAGAUAAUUAUAUUUGUCAUAUUCGUGUAGAUGAUUCCAGUCUUGAAAGUUUGCGGCAUUUCUUUUCUUUAUUUUUAUUUUUCAAAUGCAAACGAUGCAGUGCCAAUGUCGUAGUUGACUCUAACUAUAAGUUAAUAGUUUUAAGUUCGCAACAAUUUGUGAUUUUUAGACUUCCAUAUAUUUCUUCCUAUUUUGAUUUAAAUCAAACUUUUGGUCUAUCAAAACUUAAAACACGGAAAGAUAGCUAUGAUCGAAACGAAAAUAUCUUUUUUUUAAUAAUCAAAAUCUGAAGACAAACUAUGCGUGUUUCAAUUUUUGAUUUAGAAAUAUAAAGGAGAAGUGACCAUCAUUCAUAUUUUCUUGUUUUAAAACUAUUCGAUGAUUCUUAUCAGCAUGAAAUCUUUGUUGGAAAAUGCUGUUCAGCAUUUUUCCUAUAUGGCUAAUUUGGACAGCAAAUUGCUUCAUUGCAAUUUUGCCAUGUAUGUUUAUAAUUGUACUAUAUCUAUUUAAUGGAUUGUAGAAUAAGUGUUUAAAGAACGCAUAAUUCCACCUGAAGUGGUCUGAGAAAACGGGUUGAAUUUUUCGUGUCUCGGUGGCCUAAAAGCGCAUACAGCCAACUUUUACGUCAGCGCAGACAAAAUUUUGAAACAGAGAGCUUCUAUUUGGAAUUCUUUUAAUCAUCCUGUCGUGCCAAGUGCCGAGAUGUUAAGGGAAAAAUAACAGACGAAAACAUUAUUUUUAGAGGCUUGCUGCCCGUCUCUGCGGCUUGUUAUAAAAAAUCAUACUUGGCAAAAGAUUCGACGCAGAAGAGAGCACAUAUCACAAGAAAACAAGUCGUGGCUAUUUUGACUGGCUGGUCUGAAGAAAAUCCCCUUCUUGAGACGCGAAAGUGCGGCCGAAAAUAGCGUCCCCAGAGUGCACACUCGGGCUUUCAGGCGACAAUGACUUUUGACGUCGAGAAGUCCAAUUAAGUAUGAGAAAUGUCUGCGGCGGCGGCCGGCUACCAGCAGGACAGGUCCUCUUUCAACCUGCGGUGCCUUUCAAGCGGUGUCAAAAUGAGACUCGGCAACGAACGUUAAUAGUGAUUUUCGUCAAUUUUAUUCUCAUCUCAUCUGCGCGUGUGUAACAUCAAGAAUAAAUAAUUGUCUCCAAACAAAGAUGCGGUUGUUCGAGUCCAGUGUAGUGUUUGUCGAUUUUGGCGGUCGAGCGUAUUCAUUUCCGUACCUUAAUUUUUACAGUAUAUACCUCGUGUCUUGUGUGUAUGUAUAUAUAUUUUAGGUAUUUUCUCAUAGAAAAAUUGUCAUCUCUUUUUACAUAUAUAAAAUGUAACACUUCAACAACAUAUUCAGCAGA